UUUUCAGCGUUGAAAUAUACCAAUUGGUCCUUCCCAAUUGGUCACCCGAGAAACUGCGCGAAAAUAACAAAGACAUCAAAAUAAUUUGAUGUCUUUGACACACCAAAUCCGUCCAAAGAUUGUUGAUAUUCUCACCCAUUUUAUAUCCGAGCGGAGGCCCAAUCUCAAUAACCAGUAUGGAAUCCCCGGAAUCAGAGUGCAACAAAUCCGAUGAAGUGGGUGGUGGUGGUCGUCGUCCUUUCACUUUAGCUGUAGAAGGCAAUAUCGGUAGUGGGAAGUCCACAAUGCUGAAUUGUUUUCAGGCUUUUACUGACGUUCAAUUGAGUCCCGAACCCAUUGACCAAUGGUGCGACUUAAAAGGCCAUAACCUGUUGGAACUGCUGUACAAAGAUCCGAAACGAUGGUCGUUCCAAUUCCAAAGUUACGUACAACUCACUCGCCUCCAAUUGAUUCGCGAGAAGACUCACGCCCGAGUUCGCAUUCUUGAACGAUCUCUACAGAACAAUCGAUACUGCUUCCUGGAAUUAGCUCGAAAAGUGGGUUCACUUUCGGAAGAAGAACUCGCUGUUCUUCAUGCAUGGCAUGAAUGGUUGGAUUCGUCUAUGAAUUUGAACUUGGAUCUCAUUGUGUACCUCAAAACUCAUCCUGAUGUGGCUUAUAAACGGAUGAUGGCUCGAAAUCGAUCUGAAGAAUCGUCGGCCAAACUUCAGUAUCUCACUUAUCUUCACGAAUCCUAUGAGGACUGGCUGAUCAGCCAAAAGUUUGGGGACUUGGACACGCCUGUCUUAGUGUUCGAUGCGAAUUUUGACCUAGCAGAAAUGAACCUAAGGUACCAUGAAGCUGCAGAUAUUAUCCGUGGAUUCAAGCGACUCCCGAAGAAAAUCAAUUACUUUCCCGAAUGCCUUCAGGAGUUUGAAGAUAAAGAAAACAUUGCCAAUAGUAUGCUUUAAAAGUGUGAUCCUUUUCGAUAAGUGAAUUAUUUCCCCCGUUGCCACCUUUCCCUUUUUUCGAAUUGGUGGAUUAUUUGACAAUCCUUUGUAAUGGAAUAUUAGCUUUCCGUGUUGUAUCUCUAUUGUCGAUUUUGUGGUGUAAGUUUGUAAUUGCCAAUCCAUUCGAUGGAGCGGUGUCUUGUUUUGAUGACCCUCGGUGAAAUGAAAACACAAAGGAUCUCUA